UUUCAACUGAAUUUUCAAUUGAUUCUUGAAAAUCAAGAGAGAAUUUUUUGCAAAAGAAAAGAGAAAAAAGAAUUUGAAUGCUGCAUCGGCGAAAAUCUCUUUCAGAUCGUCUUCUCAAUCCCAGUUUCGGUGGACAAUUUCUCAGCCGGUGCCUCCGGAAGAAGUCCAGCCGUGGAUACGGCGACGAUGUAUGCCGGAAAAGCAAGGCUGGGAAACAUGGAGAGCAAGAUGAAGAAAAAGAAGGGAGAGUGCGUCUGUUGAAGAGCCGAGGCCAGCAUCUUCUAACCAACCCACGAGUGCUCGACUCCAUUGUCCGUACUUCGGAUAUAAAACCCGAUGACACUGUUUUGGAAAUCGGGCCAGGCACUGGGAAUCUCACGCUCAAGCUCCUUGAAGCUGCCAGGAGAGUUGUGGCGGUCGAAAUCGACAACCGUAUGGUCGAGAUUCUGCGUAAACGUGCCGCUGAGAGAGGAUUCCAGGACCGCCUCAAUAUUGUCAGUGGUGAUGCGCUGAAAACCAAGUUUCCAGAAUUUAAUCUUGUUGUGGCGAACAUUCCUUAUGGUAUAUCGUCGCCGUUGUUGGCUAAAUUGGUUUACGGGGUGAACGUAAAUCCAUUCAGAAGUGCCACACUAUUGCUUCAGAAAGAAUUUGCGAGGAGGCUAUUAGCCAAGCCGGGCGACUCUGAGUUUAACAGAUUAGCUGUGAACAUGAAGCUGGUGGCUGAACUGGAGUUUGUGAUGGACGUGAGCAAGAGGGACUUUGUACCAUGUCCCAAGGUUGAUUCUUCCGUCAUCAAAAUUUAUCCUAAAAGUGAAAUCCCGGAUGUAGACCUAGAGGAGUGGUGGGCGUUCACGAGAACUUGUUUCAGCAAGAAGAACAAAACGCUGGGUGCAACAUUGAAGCAAAAGAGGAAGUUGAUGGAGCUAAUGAAAUUGUCGAAAGCUGAAGUGUUUGCUGACGAUGGUAAUCCAGAGUGCCAUGAUGAUGGGGAUGAAGAAUGCGAUAGUGAUGAAGGGAGCAGCGACUCGUCUUUGAACUCUGGAACUGGCAUUGGGUUGUUUAGGACAAAAAUCGUCAGGAUUUUAGGAUCUGGUGGAUUUUUGGAGAAGAGGCCUUCAAAACUGUCUAAUGAUGAGCUUCUGCAGCUGCUGUCUCUGUUAAAUGGAGCUGGGAUUUACUUUCAUGAUGGAACAAAGAAGAAAGAUACAUGUGAAGCUGCUUUUGCUGCUUGUGAUGAUCUGCUGUAACACCUGCUUUUGGCUGUAACUACUGUUCUAUUUUAUUCACCCUCUCAAGGCAAGUGCCAAUGUUAAGACUGACAUAAUUACACCUGUUAUGUAAUUGUUAAGGUUUUGUCGAAAUUACACUUGUUAUGUAAUUGUUAAGGUUUUGUCGAACGAUGUUUAGAUAAAAUUUUGCUAUCGAAGUAUUUAAAA